AUGGCGUCUGCGCGUUGGAUGGCGUGCUUGAGGUUUAAUGCAGUAGCAAUCGGGAAUCGCGCUGGCCAAACAACCCAGGGUGUAAAUUCCGUGGCUAUAGGAAAGAGCGCCGGAAAGACGGACCAGGGUGAGAACACGGUAGCCAUAGGCCUACAGUCGGGGCUGGAUUCACAGGGCGCCAACAGUGUUGCGGUGGGUCUUCGGUGCGGCGAAACGCGACAGGGCAACUACUCGGUUGCGAUGGGGUGGCAGGCGGGUUUCGAAGACCAGGAUGUGCAGGCGGUGGCCAUGUGUGCAGGGCAUUUUUCAAAGACUGUGUGUUUUGAAUUUUUGGCUUUGUGGUAA